AUGCCGGCCCAGUAUCGUCAUAGUCAAAAAAAACCGGGAUGUAAUACCAUUAUCAAGAAAACGAAUGGAACAACUAACAUUAACUUAAACAAGCACUCAAUAACAGGACAGGAAGAACACAAAGCAACAAUGUCCAAGACUACUACCAAGACAGACAGGGUAAGAAUAAAGAGGGAGAGAGUGAACUCAUACAAGAAUGAAUACUUUUGGUUCUCACAGCAUUUCGUUAUAACGAGUAUUCUUAUUAUCCUCAUUGUAUGGUCACUACUACCUCAUCGGACGAUCAUUAUUCUUCAGGAUAUCCUACCUGAUGGGGAAUGGAUCAUAUAUUGCGAAAGUUGGUUACUUAUGGGGAUGUUGUUUACGUACAUCGGGUUGUUUUUAUACGAUGAAGAUGUAUUGACGCCGAGUUUGGAUGAUUUAAUGACGAUUACAGAUGCCAAGGCUAACAUUGUCAUUGAAGAAGAUGUUACAUUAUUUCUGGACAAGUAUGCAUAUAAGGAAUCUAGUGGGAUUCGUGAUUUACCCAUCAUGGAUGUUUGUCGGCUGCUUUACGACAACGAUCCUGUCACAGAUGAAUGA